GGAAGGCGGCGCAGCCAUGAGCGGCGGGGAGGUGGUUUGCUCGGGCUGGCUCCGAAAGUCCCCGCCGGAGAAGAAGUUGAAGCGAUACGAGUUCAUCCUGGAAGAUAUCUGGCUGCUGAGGGUGACCUGGGAAGCAAGGGAGGGUCUUCUACUACAGUGCGGCUUCCGCCCUGGCCCAUAUGCAGCUUGCCUGUGUGCAGCAAUGGUCCCCUCACGGCACAGUGGCAUGGACAAGUUAACCUUAAUGGGACAAGGACCACAGUGGCUCUCCCGAGAAACCUGCGUGAGCGCAUUGCCCAAGUUCUGGAUGAGACCUUUGAAGAGAUCACUGAGGCCGAUUACCACGAUGAGAGAGAGCACAUCAACACCCUAUUCUGCAUCUAGGCAUGCAUGCAGCCCUAACCCUCCUAGCCUCAAGAGCCCGCACCGAAUAACUUCCUUCCCAAAAUAAAAGCCACUUACCAGGAAGCUCCUCUGGUGUUUGUCCUUCCCCAAGAACCGACCGCCGCGACUGGCUACCUUCCUCCUGGCUUGAGAACAGCUCCUGGCUGCAUGCAUCUACGGAUGCCGGGAUGUCUUCCUCCGCCUCAGCACCCUCACUCCCACUUUGCUGUUGCUGUUCCUCCUCCUGCCUUGUUGAACUGGGCUCUGAAGUGUCCAUGGUGGUACUCGGAGUGGAGGUGGGGUCGCCCCCAAGUAUCGUGUCCCACUCUUUGUAGAAACGGCUGGUUGCAGGGACAGCACCGGAGCGGCUGUGCAUCCCGGUCAUGGCCCCUUUCCGUCAUGUCCCUUGAUAUCUGCCCGAAGGCAUGGAAGAGGAGGUGGUUUGUGCUUCGCAGUGGCCGUCUAACAGGAGAUCCGGAUGUGUUGGAGUACUACAAAAAUGACCAUGCCAAAAAACCUAUUCGUAUUAUUGACUUAAACUUGUGUCAACAAGUGGAUGCCGGAUUGACAUUUAACAAAAAAGAGUUCGAAAAUAGUUAUAUUUUUGAUAUCAACACUAUCGACAGAGUUUUCUACUUGGUGGCAGAUAGCGAGGAGGAGAUGAAUAAGUGGGUUCGCUGUAUUUGCGACAUCUGUGGGUUCAACCCUACAGAAGAAGAUGCUGUGAAGCCACUUGGCAGUUCUUUACAAGCAUCUGCUGAAUUACCAUUAGCAGUCAAUACUUCACCACCAUCUGUACAAGCAGAAUCAUCCCUACCUCCUCCAUAUCAACUAAUUAACAUCCCACCUCUGGAGUCCUCAUCUAGCCAAGAAGAUCCUCAGGAUUACCUAUUGCUAAUAAAUUGUCAAAGUAAGAAGCCUGAACCUACGAGCCCAGGGUCAUCCUUUAUCUCUGAAGAAGGGAAAGAAUAUCUACUACUGGAGGAUUUUGAAAGUAAAAAGAUUCCACUGCAAUUGCAUGCUGACUCAGCAAAGUCCAUCUGUUCUGAAACUGACUGCAAUGAUAAUGUAUCCUCCCAUAAAAAUUCUGCUCCAUCAUUGAGCAAGCAUGCAGUGAACGGCUUUUUUCAGCAGCAAAGUGCCUAUGACUCUCCGCCACCUCGAGCGGCAUCAGUGUCCGUAGACUGCAGUCUUUAUAACCUGCCUAGAAGUUAUUCACAGGAUGUUUUACCAAAGGCAACAUCUCCAUCUGGGACUGAUGCAGAAGGAGAGCAGCAUGUUUUCAGUACCCCUUCUGCUACAUCAUUAGAUACACAAAUGAGGCAUUUCUCCAUUAGUUAUGACAUUCCCCCAACACCUGGAGGUACUUAUCAGAUUCCACGAACUUUUCCAGAAGGAACUUCAAAGCUAGAGACUAUUCCAGAUAUUCCUCCACCUCGGCCACCAAAACCACAUCACACUUCGGAUCGAUCUCCCGUGGAAACUUGUAGCAUUACUCGUACUGCCUCAGACACUGAUAGUAGUUAUUGCAUCCCUACAGCAGGAUUGCCACCAUCACGCAGUAAUACCAUUUCCACUGUAGAUUUGAAUAUAUUUCGUAAAGAUAUUAGUUCUCAAGACUGCUAUGAUAUUCCACGAUCAUUUCCAAAUGACAGAGCUAGCUCACUGGAAGGCUUUAAAAACAGAAGCACGUUCACAGUGGGAAGUGUUUCAAGUGAAGAACUGGAUGAAAACUAUGUCCCAAUGAAUCCUAACUCUCCACCACGGCAGCAUUCCAGCAGCUUUACUGAACCCAUCCAAGACACAAACUAUGUACCUAUGACACCAGGCACAUUUGAUUUUUCAUUAUUUGGAAUGCAAGUCCCUCCACCCGCUCACAUGGGUUUCAGGUCCAGUCCAAAGACCCCUCCCAGAAGGCCAGUACCUGUUGCAGAAUGUGAACCACCACCAGUGGAUCGGAACCUCAAACCUGACCGAAAAGGUCAAAGUCCUAAAAUUUUAAGACCUAAACCACAUGGUUUAGAGCGAACUGAUUCACAAACCAUAGGUGACUUUGCUACAAGAAGAAAGGCAAAACCAGCUCCACUAGAAAUAAAACCCCUGCCGGAAUGGGAAGAAUUGCAAGCCCCAGUUAGAUCUCCUAUCACCCGAAGUUUUGCACGAGACUCCUCCAGGUUUCCUAUGUCUCCCAGACCGGAUUCAGUGCAUAGCACAACUUCCAGCAGUGACUCGCAUGACAGUGAAGAGAAUUAUGUACCCAUGAAUCCAAAUCAGUCCACUGAAGACCCAAUUUUGUUCGGCAGCAACAGUCUUGAUGGCGGAAGUAGCCCUAUGGUAAAACCCAAAGGAGAUAAACAAGUAGAAUACUUAGAUCUGGAUCUAGAUUCUGGGAAAUCUACUCCACCUCGUAAGAAAAAAAGCAGUGGUUCAGGGAGCAGUGUGGCAGAUGAACGAGUGGAUUAUGUUGUGGUCGACCAACAGAAAACACUAGCACUGAAGAGCACGCGAGAAGCAUGGACUGAUGGGAGGCAGUCUACAGAAUCUGAAACCCCAACUAAAAGUGUAAAAUGAAAAUUCUACUGUUCCUCAAAGAACAAAAGAACUGUCAUUUAUCACAAUGAAUUCUGAUGAAAUACAGAAUCAUAACUGCCAUGUUGCUUGACUGAACAGUACUUGGCAAUUCACUGGUGUGUAGCUUCCUGAAUGAAUAGAUGGAAGUCAAAGAACGCUUAAAAUAUAUCAAAGAACUCGAAGUCAGAGGACGUUUUAAAUACAUCAAAGAAAUCUUAAAACCUUAAAUUGUGCCCCCUGUCUCUGGAUAAUUCAUCAAAUGUAAAUAAUGUGUAAAAAUGCUAUUGCUUGGCUCCCAGAAAACCUUUUGUUCUUCAUUUAACACAUUUGUAGUAUUACUAUGUUUAUGCACUUUUUCAGUUAAAAUGUUGGUUCAGGUAUUCCCAGUCAAUGAAUUUUAAUGACAAAUUCAUUUUGAGAAUUUUUUCUUACACUACUAUACAUUACAAUUCUAGGUUAAUUAAGCUAUUUGUAGAUAUGGAAAUUAAUGUUUGAACUUCAUUUUAACAACUUAGAAAUGAUUUAGCAGUCGUGUCACAAUUUAAUAAUCUACUUGAAAUGUCAAGAAAUAAACGUUAGUUACAUACUGUUUUUAUAUUUAAUACAUGCAAAGAAUAUUUGGAAGUCUACAGGUUACCUUCCGAACAAAAAUUGCUGUGAGUUAAUAAUAAUGAACUAUAUUGGUUUUAGGAUCUAGCAACAUGGCUUAAACAUUAGUUAUUAGUGGUGGAAUGUUUAUUGUAUUUUAUUAAUGACAGUGUUCUGUGUUCAUUGGGUGAAGAUUCUGCAGGGUGGGAUCUUACACUUUUAAGACUGAAUAAUUAAUUGUCAAGUAAACCUGCAAACCACUGAUGGCAUGCAGUAAUGUUGUGAUCUCACACUUAUUAACAAGUAGUAACCUUGAUAUUAUUUACAGAAGGUAGAAUUUAUAAAUAAUCAGGUACGUACCAAGCACUGUUGUGCUAAUACACUGAUCAGGUUUAGACAAUGAACUUAGUUUUAUAUUUCUUAGAAGUCCUAAUGUUGGUUUUCAAUUUGAAAUUAAUGGGACAGUUUGACAUUCUCUGUUUGUAGUACUAGCACCAUACUGUGAUUUUGAAUUAGAUAGUAAUUCAAAUGGAAAUACUAUGUUUUGACACUAUAGUGCCCUUUCUACAAUCUUUAUUUUACUUAAUCUCCUGCUUUGCCUUAUAUUUAGAUCCCUAUGCAACUGAUAUUUUAUAUCUAUUUUUUAUAAAAUAGAUACUAUACCUAACUGAUCCCCUUGUUGCUUUUUCCUGGUACUGGAUUUAAAGCUUUGUGUACUGUGAUCCUUUUUGUUCACUAUCCCAGUUCCAAAUAAUACUCUGCCCUGGUUUAGAACCAUAAUUUAGCUGUCAGGAAGAAAAUAGAUUUUCUUCAAGUACAUAAAUGACUUAAAUUUAUUAAUUAUAUCUGGAUUGAAAAUUUACUAACACUUUUUUUUACACAGAUACCUUUAAAUAAACUAUCUCUUUUUGUCCAGACCUUUUAAGUGUUGAAUGAGUGUAUACGUGUGUUAGUCUUGUUUUCUGUCAUGCUGGCCUUAGUACUUUGCCUAAUCUACCAUAGGUUUUUUUCCAAUUUACAGUAUGUAAACUGUUUUAUUCUUAACAAGGGUUCUUUUUAAAUUAGUAAUAUUUUGAUGCUUUGAAUGUUCCUUUUUUAACAAAAAAACUAAAUACAAUGCAUUUUGAGGUGAAUUUUAAAUAAAUCAGAUUGUUCAAUUUU